GCAAAAAGCAAGAAAAGCAACUCCCGAUAAUGCCACAACGCUUUGUUCGCUUAUGUCCCGCGGUCCGUCCGAUUAAAAAGUGGAAACACUUUUGGAAAGCCUUGUAUAAGGCAGAAUGGAUAAAGCGAUAAGAUCUUUCGUCCAUCCAUCACUUUAUUUACGGAUCAUAUGUCCCGCGCAGAACCCUCCCGAGCGACACGGCAGAUUUUCAAUGCCAUCUUUGCACAGAACAAAUCUACAACAACGGAGACGCCACCGAUGCUUUCCUAAGCCAUAUCUACAACAACUGCGAAACAUCCAAAUACUGGUGGCAAGAGCUAAAAUUUACCAAGCCCAUGAGCUUGAUCUCAAUGUGGCCCCAACCGACAGCUCAUUGGAGAACUUAACAAAAUUAAAUUGUUCGUCACCACGAUCUUCAAGGUCUACACCAGAAGGCGUGGAGAGUCGCAGGAAGUGGGCUCCUUAAGUCCGCUACAACCAUCUGAGUUGAAGCUUAGGAGCCGAUGACGUA